GUUUUGUAUCCGUAUGUUCAUUACUUAAUGUUUAAUGUGCACAUGUAUUUAAAUAAAUAAAAUAAUUUAAACCCUUAAAAACCGGAAACUUCCGGUGUUCGUUACAGUCACCUGACCGAGUGACAGAAGUUUGAGCAGCACGUCGACAUUUGUUAUUAAAUAGAACCAGAACAGAUUGUGAUAAUGCGGUGGUUGAUUUGUGGACCAAAACUCGCCGCGUGUGGGAUUGUGUUGAGCACGUGGGGGGUUAUAAUGCUGGCCAUGCUGGGGAUUUUCUUCACCACACAUUCAGCAAUGCUGAUUGAAGAUGUGCCUUUUACAGAUGAAGACAUCCACCAAGAUACCAACCCUCCUCAGACGAUCUACACCCUGUACAACAAGGUGGGCUACAACUGCUUCAUAGCAGCUGCUAUCUACAUCCUGUUUGGAUUCUUCUCCUGCUGCCAGAUGAAGCUCAACAAGCGGAAGGAGUACCUGGUGCACUAGUGCCACCCGCUGGACGGAGGAACUCCCAGCAGCACUCUGGCAGCAGGAGGCGGCGUUCGGAAGCUCGCAACUCUGAUCACUGACUUCUGUCUCAGGGUUUAAAAUUCCUAAUUAUAAACUACAGGGGGGAGACUGGGCAUUGUGUGGGAGCAGAUCAGCGUUCUGCACCUUCAUGUAUUCAAGAUGAGAUAAAUUCUACCUCUGAUCACAAGGGGUGAAAUGAUUUUCAAAGGUUUCUUCCUGUACUGUACAAGAGAAUGUGUUUUUGAUUAUUACCAGUAUCCGUGUUUGGAAUGUUAGAAUGACAUUGGAUCUAAUUCUUUGUUUUUGUGGACUUUUGGCUGUACAGUGCCUCAGAGAAUCAUAUUUUGAAUGGUUGUCUUUAUUCAAAUGUCCAAGGUUUUAGUCCAGCAUUCAUUUCAAACAUUAUAUUGUUUAUUUGACACAAGGGUGGAUUUUUCACUUCUGCAGAGAUGACUUUGUCCCGACAAUUUUUAAACAUGCAGCUUCUUCACAGUGAAGCUGGAUCAUCUGUUAACAUCGGUUGCUGCAGAACGUAAGUUCCAUAAUAAAGUGAUGAAGACUACAUGAAACAUACAAAUAUACAUGAACAUAUUGGCUAUAUGACAAGAGUGUACUGACAAAAAGUGAAGCUGGAGAUAAUGAGCUUAACUCAGCUUUCAGCUCAUCUUCAUCAGUGAGUGGCUGUUAUAAAAAUGUCAUGGAAAACAUACUUAAGAAGGAUUUUCUCAUAUUCAUUCUUCACUUUGAUAUUCAUAUUGCUGGAAACUUUCACUUGUACCCCACUACAUUUCCAAAAUAAAAUGUAUAUUUUUCACUUGUAAGCAUCGCCGUUGCUACAAAAUACAAUCGGAAGAAAUUGGUUAUGUGCGUCAUUGCUGCUAUGUUGCAAGUUAAUGCACACUCCGUCCCAGUUGGUGACAUAAUGCCUAUUUGUUGCCAAGCGCCAAAACUAAAGAAGAAGUUAGUUUGUUAGUCUUUCUAUAUAGUGAUGCUGUUUUCUAUGCGGCUAGGCAGGAGGUAAAGGUACUGAAGCUCCAGUCCUUCAUUCUGACUCAUGAUGUGGCCCUCAAUCUCCACCAGCUCCGCUCUGAACUUCUCAAUUAGUUCCUGGGCCCGCCCCUCGGUGAAGUGCUCGUCUGUGUAUUUGCCCAAAGGAAUCUAGGCAGGAGAAAACAGGAAGUUACUAAAGAGACAGGAACUAAGUUGGGUGUCUAUUAUAGAAACAAAGGCUGUUGUCUUGCGAGAAAAAACCCCAAUACAAGCAACAUUUCUGUCAAUGCUGGAUUAUGGGGAUAUUUUAGACAUGCAAAUCAAUCUUCUGUGAAAAUGCUGGACUUAGUGUACCAUGCAGCACUAAGAUUUGUAACUAAUUCCAGUUUUUGUACUCAUCACUGUAGCUUGUAUGAGAGCGUUGUUUGGCCUUCCAUGCAUUGUCGCAGGUUGGAGCAUUGGUAUAUUUUUCUUUUUUAAGGCCAUAAUGUGUAAACUGCCUUCUUACUUAUGAUCUCUUGACGCCUGAAGUCACCAUCAGGAAAUGUAAUCUUUGUUCAUAUGGGCAAACCAUGUAUAACAUUCUCUGAAUGCAGAUUUGGUGAAAGUGCCUUUAAAGUUUUUGCACCCACAUCCUGGUAUACAUUGCAAAAUCACCAACAAUGACACAGUUUAAAAUUAGGAUAAAGAACUAUUUGAGUAAUAAAUGCACAUAUGCUGUUACUGAGCACUGCUGGUGAUUGUGUUGAGAUGAUAUUUAAAUGACAACUGUCUUUUCCUGUUUCAUGUUGUUUGUUUUUACUGUAUAUUUUAAUAUGGGACCUUGAAAAAGAGAUUCCCAAUCUCAAUAGGAUUAUUUCCAGGUAAAAUAAAAGGUUAAUAA